AUGGCCUCACAUGUCCCCCUCCAUAGCGAUAACCCAAUGCCUUUGCAUCGGCCUGAAGACCCUCAGAUUAUAUCUGUUACUGAGAAAGUAAGCACGCUAUCUACAACAAAAAGAGUGACAGAUCUUGAUGCUUCUACUAUUAUUGACACUCAAUCUCUUUCUAUCUCAGAAACUUUUCGAUAUGACGCCGAUGACGACGUACCUCUAAUUCAGUUGCUUAAAAAGACAUCAACAAAACCACAG